UCCCUUUGACAAUGGUCUGAACCGAGCUCUGCUUCCCAAAGCAAAAUUUGUAAUAUGCCAUUUUUCCGAUGGACGCUUCUCCUUUUGGCUGCUGACGGGGCCGCGGGAAGAUGCCGAGUUUCUGCCACGCCACCCAGCCGGGGCACGUUCCGGGAGGACGCCCGGGCAAGCGAGUGUCUAAGCUGCCUUUCUCCUCCCGUUGCUAGGGAAGUGGUCCAGGAGUGCCGGGUGUGAGCCUCCCCUCUCGUCAAGCCGGAGACUGCGGUUGUCAUUGAUCAAUUGAAGAAGCAGAAUCCGAAAUUACAGACAUUAGCAAUGAUGUGUGAAGUGAUGCCCACGAUUAAUGAGGACACCCCAAUGAGCCAAAGGGGGUCCCAAAGCAGUGGCUCGGACUCAGACUCCCAUUUUGAGCAACUGAUGGUGAAUAUGCUAGAUGAAAGGGAUCGUCUUCUAGACACCCUUCGAGAGACCCAAGAAAGCCUCUCACUUGCCCAGCAAAGACUGCAGGAUGUCAUCUAUGACAGAGAUUCGCUCCAGAGACAGCUCAAUUCAGCCCUGCCACAGGAUAUCGAAUCCCUAACAGGAGGGCUGACUGGUUCUAAGGGGGCUGAUCCACCGGAAUUUGCUGCACUGACAAAAGAACUAAAUGCCUGUAGGGAACAACUUCUAGAAAAGGAAGAAGAAAUUUCUGAACUUAAGGCUGAAAGAAACAACACAAGACUGUUACUGGAGCAUUUGGAGUGCCUUGUGUCACGGCAUGAAAGGUCACUAAGAAUGACGGUGGUAAAACGACAAGCCCAGUCCCCCUCGGGAGUGUCCAGCGAAGUUGAAGUUCUCAAGGCGCUGAAAUCUUUGUUUGAGCACCACAAGGCCUUGGAUGAAAAGGUAAGGGAGCGACUGAGGGUUUCUUUAGAAAGAGUCUCUGCACUGGAAGAAGAACUAGCUGCUGCUAAUCAGGAGAUUGUUGCCUUGCGUGAACAAAAUGUUCAUAUACAAAGAAAAAUGGCAUCAAGUGAGGGGUCCACAGAGUCAGAACAUCUUGAAGGGAUGGAACCUGGCCAGAAGGUCCAUGAAAAGCGUUUGUCCAAUGGUUCUAUAGACUCCACUGAUGAUACAAGUCAAAUAGUUGAGCUACAAGAAUUGCUUGAAAAACAAAACUACGAAAUGGCCCAGAUGAAAGAACGUUUAGCAGCCCUUUCUUCCCGCGUGGGAGAGGUGGAGCAGGAAGCAGAGACAGCAAGGAAGGAUCUCAUUAAAACCGAAGAAAUGAACACUAAGUAUCAAAGGGACAUUAGGGAGGCCAUGGCACAGAAGGAAGAUAUGGAAGAAAGAAUCACGACCCUUGAGAAGCGUUACCUCAGUGCUCAGAGAGAAUCUACCUCCAUACAUGACAUGAAUGAUAAGCUGGAAAAUGAGUUAGCAAAUAAAGAGGCCAUUCUACGGCAGAUGGAAGAGAAGAACAGACAGUUACAAGAGCGUCUUGAGCUGGCUGAACAAAAGUUGCAGCAGACUAUGAGAAAAGCUGAGACCUUACCUGAAGUAGAGGCUGAACUGGCUCAGAGAAUUGCAGCCCUGACAAAGGCUGAAGAGAGACAUGGAAACAUUGAAGAACGUAUGAGACAUCUUGAAGGUCAACUUGAAGAGAAAAAUCAAGAACUUCAAAGAGCUAGGCAAAGAGAGAAAAUGAAUGAGGAGCACAACAAAAGACUAUCCGAUACUGUGGACAGACUUCUGACCGAAUCCAAUGAACGCUUACAGCUACAUCUAAAGGAACGAAUGGCUGCUCUGGAAGAGAAGAAUGUUUUAAUUCAAGAAUCAGAAACUUUCAGAAAGAAUCUGGAAGAAUCUUUACAUGAUAAGGAAAGAUUAGCAGAAGAAAUUGAAAAGCUGAGAUCUGAACUUGACCAGUUGAAAAUGAGAACUGGCUCUUUAAUUGAACCCACAAUAUCAAGAACUCAUCUAGACACCUCAGCUGAGCUGCGGUAUUCUGUUGGAUCCUUGGUGGACAGUCAGUCUGACUACAGAACAACUAAAGUAAUAAGAAGACCAAGGAGAGGCCGCAUGGGUGUGCGGAGAGAUGAGCCAAAGGUGAAAUCUCUUGGGGAUCAUGAGUGGAACAGAACUCAGCAAAUGGGAGUGCUAAGCAGCCACCCUUUUGAAAGUGACACAGAAAUGUCUGACAUUGACGAUGAUGACAGAGAAACGAUCUUUAGUUCAAUGGAUCUUCUCUCUCCAAGUGGUCAUUCUGAUGCCCAGACUCUCGCCAUGAUGCUUCAAGAACAACUGGAUGCCAUCAACAAAGAAAUCAGGCUAAUUCAGGAAGAAAAAGAAUCUACAGAAUUACGUGCUGAAGAAAUUGAGAAUAGAGUGGCUAGUGUGAGUCUGGAAGGCCUGAAUUUAGCGAGGGUCCACCCAGGUACCUCCAUCACUGCCUCGGUUACAGCUUCUUCGCUGGCCAGUUCAUCUCCCCCGAGUGGACACUCAACGCCAAAGCUCACCCCUCGAAGUCCUGCCCGGGAAAUGGAUCGGAUGGGAGUCAUGACACUGCCAAGUGAUCUAAGGAAACAUCGGAGAAAGAUUGCAGUAGUAGAAGAAGAUGGUCGGGAGGAUAAAGCAACAAUUAAAUGUGAAACUUCUCCUCCCCCUACCCCUAGAGCCAUCAGGAUGACUCACACUCUCCCUUCUUCCUACCACAAUGAGGCUCGGAGUAGUUUAUCUGCCUCCCUUGAGCCUGAAAGCCUUGGGCUUGGCAGUGCCAACAGCAGCCAAGACUCUCUUCACAAAGCUCCCAAAAAGAAAGGAAUCAAGUCUUCAAUAGGACGUUUGUUUGGUAAAAAAGAAAAAGCUCGACUCGGGCAACUCCGAGGCUUCAUGGAGACUGAAGCUGCAGCUCAGGAGUCCCUGGGGUUAGGCAAACUUGGAACUCAAGCUGAGAAGGAUAGAAGACUGAAGAAAAACACAUCAGGGCAUGAACUUCUAGAAGAAGCUCGGAGGAAGGGAUUACCUUUUGCCCAGUGGGAUGGUCCCACUGUAGUCGCAUGGCUAGAGCUCUGGUUGGGAAUGCCUGCUUGGUACGUGGCAGCCUGCCGAGCCAACGUCAAGAGCGGAGCCAUCAUGUCUGCCUUAUCAGACACCGAGAUCCAGAGAGAAAUUGGAAUCAGCAAUCCUCUGCAUCGCUUAAAGCUCCGCUUAGCAAUCCAGGAGAUGGUUUCCCUAACCAGUCCUUCGGCUCCUCCAACAUCCAGAACUCCUUCAGGCAACGUUUGGGUGACCCAUGAAGAGAUGGAAAAUCUUGCAGCUCCAGCAAAAACGAAAGAAUCUGAGGAAGGAAGCUGGGCUCAGUGUCCGGUUUUUCUACAGACCCUGGCAUAUGGAGAUAUGAACCACGAGUGGAUUGGAAACGAAUGGCUUCCCAGCCUGGGGUUACCUCAGUACAGAAGUUAUUUUAUGGAAUGCUUGGUAGAUGCAAGAAUGUUAGAUCACCUAACAAAAAAAGAUCUCCGUGUCCAUUUAAAAAUGGUGGAUAGUUUCCAUCGAACAAGUUUACAGUAUGGAAUUAUGUGCUUAAAAAGGUUGAAUUAUGACAGAAAAGAACUAGAAAGAAGACGAGAAGCAAGCCAACAUGAAAUAAAAGAUGUGUUGGUUUGGAGCAAUGAUCGAGUUAUUCGCUGGAUACAAGCAAUUGGACUUCGAGAAUAUGCGAAUAAUAUUCUUGAAAGUGGUGUGCAUGGCUCCCUUAUAGCACUGGAUGAGAACUUUGACUACAGCAGCUUAGCUUUAUUACUGCAAAUUCCAACACAGAACACCCAGGCAAGGCAGAUUCUUGAAAGGGAAUACAAUAACCUGUUGGCUCUGGGAACUGAACGGCGACUGGAUGAAAGUGAUGACAAGAAUUUCAGGCGUGGGUCGACCUGGAGAAGGCAAUUUCCUCCCCGUGAAGUACAUGGAAUCAGCAUGAUGCCUGGGUCCUCAGAAACAUUACCAGCUGGAUUUAGGUUAACCACAACUUCUGGGCAGUCAAGGAAAAUGACAACGGAUGUUGCCUCAUCAAGACUGCAGAGGUUAGACAGCUCCACUGUUCGCACAUACUCAUGUUGACAAGGCACUCAAAGGAGGCAGCACUGACUUGCUAUGUCGUCUUUUCAGUCUACUCUACCUAAAGUGCACUACCGUCCAAGAAGACAAGCAGUGAAAACCUUUGUGAAGACUGAAUUCUAAGGAAAUAACCACAACUCAUGGUUCAUUUAAGCUGAAAAUGUGAUUUGGGGGUGGGGGGGAGUCAGAUAUUAAGUUUGAUUAGUUUACUACAAUUGUAAGAAAAUACUUAAGUCAUUUGAAUAAUAAGCACCAUCCACAUCAUAAAUUCUGUACAACAGAUGCUUUUAUGAAAUGGAGCCACGCGUUUUACAUGUUUUACUGUAAUAUACUAGGCAUUUAUGUAUUACUGUGUAUGUAUUUCUUUUUAAAUGUGUAAGUCUUAUGUAAAUGGAUAUAAAUAUGAUUUUUUAAAGAAAUAAAAUAUAUAGUUCAUGAAGUCUUGAGUGCAAACAUUUGACAGUUCCAAGUACUGUUUGUAUUUUACCAUUCCACCAUUUUUACAGUUUUUGAAUUGUAACAGUCAAAUUGAUGUUUCCAGGAAGCAUGUCUUCUGCUUCCACAUGUUUUUCCUUCAAGUCUGUCAAUCCUUAAAGCUGAAAACCUGCCUCUGAUCAUGUAAAAAAGAAUGAUUUAACCUGGAACUGGAGCCAAAAAUAGACCUUUAAAGGCAAUCAGGGAUGUCCUAUAUCUUCAGAAAUAGCACUGUGAUGGCUCGAUCUCCUUUUCAAUACAGAACAAAGCCAAACUGUUUACAAGUCAAAAGCAAUUAUUAAAAAAGAAUUUAUAAAGAAAAAAUAUUAUCUUCUCUUGUUACCUGUGGACUAAAGGAAAAAAAAAACUUCUUUACUAAAAACGACAUGUCCAUCCAAACAUCUUGAACCGCCAGCCAGCACUGUUCAGUGAAUAUCAACCACUGCAGAGUCUGAGGUCAUUUCCACUGGAAAAAAAAAAAA